AUGAGCUGGAGCAACUCUUCUGUCGAUAUUUGGCAUGCGGUCGAACAGACCUAUUUUGACUGGCCCGAUCUUUCUAAAGUGAUUGGUCCUCCAGGAUGCUACGAAGUUCGCAUCAAGAACAACCUCAAUUACUGUGUUCCAACCAAAAAACAAAACCUUACCGCGGCGGAGUUAGAAGCUCUUAUCAAGAAGGCAAGCACUAAUCCCAAGGGUGUGCUUGUCGUUGGCCUCCUGCAUGAAAAUGCUGCGCACGUUGCUGGUUAUCUUGGCUUCCAGGAUAACGUUGUUUUUACAAAAUGGCUCGAGGAGCCCCAAAACCUUCCGAGAAUUUUAACUCCAUGGUAUACGGCAAAGCAGACCGCCUUCGGAUGCCCCGUCAAGAACGCUAGCAACCCAGCGGAGAAGGACUUCACCACCAAAACGAUCUUUAAAGAAAUCGAAGAUCUUGACCCAAGAUUGAUUGGAUUUGUCACCGGCAACACAUUUCCUAUUACCCAUCAAAUGCUUGGAGUGGGUAACAUGGAUGAAAAUCCAGGGUAUCUAUGUUAUCUUCAUGCCAUGCAUUUGAUCAUCAAAACUUACCCCGAUCAUUUCCCAGAGGACAAUCCAACGUCGCCAAAUGAACUCCAUUCGAGAGAGAAUUGGUUUAGAGCACUUGUAACACUUAAGUCUUAUUGGACAGCUCACAAGAAGCUUACUGCUCCAAGAACCAAGGGCCUUUCUUGGGAAGAAGCUAUUGUUCCAUUGUACAAGGACAGUACGGUUGCAUCCAUCGAUACUACCAUGGAUGAGAGUACCGCUCAUCAAUUGUUCAAAUACGAUGAGUUUAAUGACUUUUACGAUAUGGACAGUGAUGGAACCAUUUCGAGAACUAAUCAGACUGCGGAGGAAAUUGAGGAUGAAAAUUGCAGGGACGCUGAGGUAUUCCACGGGGAGUUAAAAAAGACAGGCGACAUUCAAAAGGAAGCCAAUAGGAGAAUUAUGGAAGGAGGCAUUUUAGCUAAUCUUUUAGGUGAAGAUGAUAUUUCUGGUUAG